GAGCGGAUGUGUUUUUCCAGCAUUUAGACUAAAAGAAAAGGUGGUUUUUCCGUGUACAGACGAGCUGUGAAUGCACGAGAAGAAGAUGUCAAACAAUGAUGAAGGUUUUGAGGAUUUCGAUACGCGUGUAUUCGAGAAUUCCGGGACGAAUUUGGCGGAAUACUUGCAGGCCAAAAGGAAUAAGAAGAUACACAAGAGACUGUUCAAGAGGCCAGAGAAUCAGGAUAAUGUCCAAAAUGUGCCCAUCAAGUACAUAAGAAAUCAAAAGAAACUGCCAGAAAAUACUCAGCGCCCCAAUUUGUUGUCUUGCUCUUCACCUUCCUUUUCCAAUGGAACAUUUGUCGGAUUUUGUCCGGGCAACACAAGUACUCCAUUCCCGACAAAACAGUUAUGCACUUACCCACAUAAAAUAGUGUCUGUUCCAGACCGACUGAAAAAAAUCAACACACAGAUUAUUGGAGACAAUUCACGAAAUGGCAAGAGUUCUGUUGCUUCCGCUGCUGAACCCGGGAUUGCAAACCAGAAGAAUCUCUCAGAUAAAACUAAAUCUCAUACUGGAAAUAAGAAGUCUGAUCAUGCGGAUUGCGGGCCGUGGAGGUUUGUUCGACAGAGUUCUACACGCUCUACUGGCGAAAGGGUUGUGAAGGAAAGGCAGAGCCAGAAGAUGGACAAGAGCGCCUUUCCAAUUGAUCCAGACACCAGUUCUGGUAGCGAUGAUGACACAUUUGUACCCAAAAAGAUUGUGAAACAGCCACAAAAGGCAAAGACGUCCAGUCUGAAGAGAACUCCUUUAACUGAAAACCUUUCAAGGACGAAUUCUAUGAUUAUGCUGGCUACGGAGACGUCUGUAAACCACGCAAUGCGACCAUCAAAGUCUACGCAUGCCAAUGAGAUCCCUGAGUUUAAUAGACCCAGUUGCUCCAUUGACGCUGAGUCUAAUAUCUUCAAGGCUUCAUCUUCUCCAGUUGCAAAGACGAUAAAUCAAAAGAAGAGGAAGGUGGAUUCGCCGGUGCAGCAAAUACUUCAAAUGGAGAAGAAAGUCCGAUCGAGUCUGUCGGAAGUUGAGUGCACAUCAAAGCGAAAGCUGAUUUUCGACAACAGCUGCACAAACAAAGCGGAAACGACACAAAAUAUUGAAUUAAAUUUCCCAGAAGAACCAGAAUUACAGCAGUCAGAGAAUCACAUCCGUGAUGUGAUAGAGGAGAACCUAUCUGUUGAGGAGCCUGGCCCGAGGCGUUCAGUUCGUGAGAAAUACACUCCUAAGCCGUUCUGGCUAGGAAGUCAGUAUGUGCACAAGAUGUUGAAGGUGUACUCAUAUGAUGAGAGGCUUCCUCUGCGCAAGCGAUACAUUUCUGUGGAUCCCAAUGAAAUUCCGGACUUCCGGGGAGACUUUACCAUUUUGGUGGAUGAGCGAAAUCGGAGGAAAAAAAUAAACUUGAUAUCUGGGCCGAAGAAGCGCAGCAAACCUAAGAAAUAGAAGCUCGUAGACGAGAUAUGGUCAUGAAAUUAACCUAUGUUCGUUUCCUGAUUUUCCCUGGCCAUUCGACUUUGUGAAAUUGAAAUACUUGUCUCCGUGAUUAAUAAAAAAAUUUCUUUAAAUUUAAUAUUCAAGUGUAAUGAAUUUUUGUUUUUAGCUUAAUAAAAUAUUAUUUCAUAUCGGA